CGGGCUGCAGGCCAGCGGCAGAACUGGGUGAGGCAAUAUAUAGCUAGCUCGAGAUCAGAACCAUCACUUUUUAUCCAUCCACCACAAUGGCUGAGGCGUCGGCUCUGCCUCUGCAGCUCCUGGUGGCCGCGUUCCUUGCUCUGUCUGUGGCCACGACGGCGUAUGCGUCGCCUGCGCCGGCGAACCGGAGCAGGUGCUACAAGCGUCUGUUCAGCUUCGGCGACUCCCUGAUCGACACCGGCAACUUCGUCGUCCACUACGCCAAUGCGUCGGGACCCGUCCUGGCGUUGCCCUACGGCGAGACCUUCUUCGGCCGCCCCACCGGCCGCUGGUCCGACGGCCGCCUCGUCGUCGACUUCAUCGUGGAGAGGCUGGGGUUCCCGUACUGGCCGGCAUACCUGCAGGCGGCAGCCGGGAAGUCGCCGGCCGAGAAGUUCCGGUACGGUGCCAAUUUCGCUGUGGCGGCCGCCACGGCGCUGAGCCAGGAGUUCUUCAUUAAGAAGAACCUCAGCGUCGACCAGUUGCCCCCGAUCCCCCCGUACUCCCUCGACGUGCAGAUCGGCUUGUUCAAGAAACUGCUCGCCAUUCUCGGCUCCACGAACCAAGAGAGGAAGGAGGUGAUGGCGAGCUCGUUGUUCCUGGUGGGGGAGAUCGGCGCCAACGACUACAACCACCCCUUCUUCCAGAACAAGACACUCGAAUGGGUCAGACCCCUCGUGCCCGAGGUCAUCAGCUCCAUCGCUCUCUCCAUCGAGGCCCUGAUCGAGCUGGGCGCCAAGACCAUGUACGUUCCGGGCAUCUUCCCGCUGGGGUGCACCCCGCGGUUCCUCUUCCUCUUCCCCGGCGACGACCGCGACCCUGCCACGGGCUGCCUCCGGUGGCUCAACGACCUCGUCCUCCUCCACAACCACAUGCUGAAAGCCAAGCUCGAGGAGCUGCGCCGCGACCACCCAGGCGUGUCCAUCACCUACGUCAACACCUACGACGACGUGCUCGCCUUCAUCACCAAGCCGGCGGAGAACGGGUUCGGCGGGGAGACCGUGCUGAAGGCGUGCUACCCCGUUUUGGACGCCGGGCCGGCGGCGGUACCGUGCCCGGACCCGUCGACGUACGUGUCGUUUGACGGCCUGCACAUGACAGAGGCCGCGUACAAGAUCAUGGCCCGCGGGGUGCUCGACGGCCCGUUCGCCGCGCCGCCCAUCAUGUCCACAUGCAACCGUUACUGCUAGGCCUGCGUACUGUACAUGUACCGUAUCUACGAGUUGCUGCUGCCAAACCACAGGAUCAUAUCACCAUCUGGCCGCAAAAAAUAAAAUCAGCAUUUGAUUUGAAUUGA